AACCCGCUAAAACUAAUAACAAAGGCGUCCAUGUGUAAGCUCAAGCAGUUUGGAAAAAUAAUAAACAUUGAAUUUCAUUGCAAUUAAUUCAAACAGUCAUUCAGUCCGUGUUUUGAUUUUUCAAUUACUGGAUUGUCUUUCAUAUCUUUUUCAUUGUGAUAUUAUUUUGUAACUCUCCGAAAUGUCUGUCCUCAUUGAAACAAGUGUCGGUGAUAUCACUAUUGAUUUGUUGAUUCAAGAGCGCCCCAAAUGUUGUUACAAUUUCUUGAAAUUAUGCAAAAUGAAAUUUUAUAAUUUUUGUGGAUUUCAUAGAUUAGAAAAGGAUUUUAUUGCUCAAACUGGUGAUCCAACUGGUACUGGUGAAGGUGGUCAUUCAGUGUUUUACUUUAUUAACUAUGAAAAUGAGAAGUCAAAAUUUUUCGCACGUGAAGUUGUUCCUAAAGUUAAUCAUACUCGACUAGGUACAGUAUCAAUGGUCAAUAAUGGUGAUGACAUGCAUGGUUCCCAGUUUUUUAUCACAUUAAGAGAAGAUUUGGACUAUCUUGAUGGAAUACAUACAGUUUUUGGGUAUGUUGUAGAAGGAUUAGAUACACUUAAUCGAAUGAAUGAGUUGUUCUUCUCUGACAUUAUCAUCACCCAUACUGUGAUACUUGAAGAUCCCUUUGACGACCCUCCUGAUUUGAUUGGAAAAUAUCCUGACAAUUCACCUGAACCAUCGGAAGAGUUGAUAAGCCGAAUGUGCAUUGCUCAUAAUAUUGAUGAGAAACCCGAAUUAGACCCGAAAGAGCAAGAAAGUAAAGCUGCCGCAACAAUCUUAGAAAUGAUUGGAGACCUACCUUCUGAAGAUGUUAAACCACCUGAUAAUGUGUUAUUUGUUUGCAAAUUGAAUCCUGUCACAAAUGAAGAAGAUUUGUCUAUGAUUUUCCGCCGAUUUGGACCAAUCAAAGAAUGUGAAGUAAUAAGAGACUAUAAAACUGGUGAUUCGUUACAAUACGCUUUCAUUGAAUUUGAAAAUGUAAAAGACUGUGAACAAGCAUAUUUCAAAAUGGAUAAUGUUGUUAUCGACGACAGAAGAAUUCAUGUGGAUUUCAGUCAGUCUGUCGCUAAGUUCAAAUGGAAACGUAAAUCUGAUCUUCAAAAUGUUCAUGAGCCAAGAGCUAAAAGAAGUGAUGAAUUUCCCAGAAACAGAGGUAGAGACGAGAAAGAAAGAAAUAGAGAUAGAGACAGAGACGGUGAUAGAGACAGAGAUAGGGAUAGAGAAAGGGAUAGGGACAGAGAUCGGUAUAGAGAAAGAGAUCGAGAAAGAGAGAGAGAUCGAGAUCGCAACCGAAACCGAGACAGAGAUACAGAUAGAGAUAGAGAUAGGGGCAGAGAAAGAGAAAGAGAAAAACGCCGGGAAAGAAAUGAUGAUGAAGAUCGCCAUUCAAAGGAUCAUUAUGGUGAGGAUCGACCUACAAAGUAUGGUCCUAGAGAUGAUCGUUAUGGUAAUGAUCACCACGAGAAAGAUCGUUCUGGUCACAGAAGUAAUGAUAAAAGUCGAAAGAUGGAUUACGAUGAAGAUAGAUACCAAAGAAAAGAUCGAAGGGACAAAGAUAGGGAAAAGGGAGAACGCCGAGAUGAAUCAAGGAGCAGAACGAAAAGUCAUCGUCACUCCGGGAGAGAUUUUUAUCAAAUCUUGGGGGUAGCUAAGAAUGCUAACCUAAAUCAAAUUAAAAAAGCUUAUCGAAAACUCGCCAAAGAAAUGCAUCCUGAUAGAAAUAAAGAUGAUCCAAAAGCUCAAGAAAAAUUCCAAGAUUUAGCAGCGGCAUAUGAGGUUUUAUCAGACGCCGAUAAACGAAAAACAUAUGAUAGGCAUGGAGAAGAAGGUUUAAACAGGGAUUCUUUUGGAGGUAGCGAUCCAUUUUCAAGUUUUUUUGGUGAUUUCGGUUUUUCAUUUUUUGGACAAGACAAUAGAGAAGAAAGAGAAACGCCGAAAGGUGGUGAUGUUAUAAUCGAUUUAUGGGUGACUCUUGAAGAGCUGUAUUCUGGUAAUUUUGUUGAACUUGUCAGAAACAAAGUUGUCUUCAAACAAACAAGUGGUACCCGUAAAUGCAAUUGUAGACAAGAAAUGGUAACCCGCCAACUGGGACCUGGACGAUUCCAAAUGAUGCAACAAUCAGUCUGUGAUGAGUGCCCUAACCAAGAAUUAGUCAAUGAAGAAAAACUUUUAGAAAUUGAAAUUGAACCUGGUAUGAAAGACGGCCAAGAACAACGUAUAAGAGGAGAAGGAGAACCUCAUAUUGAUGGUGAUCCCGGUGAUUUAGUGAUAAAAGUGAGAACCUCUCCACAUCCGAUUUUUGAGAGAAGAGGCGACGAUUUGUACACUAAUGUUACAAUUUCUCUUACUGACGCAUUAAUUGGUUUUGAAAUGACAAUACCUCAUCUUGAUGGUCACAAAAUCAACGUAAAACGCGACAAGAUAACCUGGCCAGGGGCUAGAAUGAGAAAACCUAAUGAAGGAAUGCCAAAUUAUGAAAACAAUCUUUCCCACGGAACACUUUUUAUAACUUUUGAUGUUGAUUUUCCUAAAGGUGAAUUAACUGAAGAACAGAGAAAUCAGAUCAAAGCAUUACUUCAAGAGCCUUCCAAAACCAAAGCUUAUAAUGUCACAAUAAUUAUGGUUAAAACUGAACUCUUCAAUAAUAUUCACAUUACAGGAAACAUGAAUUUUAUCCUAUCAUCAUCUCCAUCAUCAACAUCAACUUCAUCUUCCAACUCUUCAUAUGCAUCAACAUCUCCAUCAUCUUCAUCGUCCCAUUUGCCUUCUUCACCAACAAAUCAAACUGCCCAAAGAAACAACACAAAUGUUCGUGUCCGUCAACGUCACCCAACUAAAUCAACAGUUAUUACAAUCAACAGUAAAUCACCUUCCUCACCAACAUCAUCGCUUUCCUCACCUUCAUCAUCAUCUACAUCUUCAUCACCUUUAUCAAGUCGCACUUUAUCAUCUGCUUCUCCCCAACUUAAACCUUUAGUCCGUUUAAUUCCUAAAGUAACAUCUCAAUUGAACAUCACUUCAGAUCAAUUGUAUCAACCAUUUACAAAUUUACACAACAAUGAAAUUGUUAGAUCACAAUCAAAUUGUUCUUCCCAUCUCUCCAAUGGUUACUUUUCGGAUUCAAUCAACUCCCAUUGGAAUACAAAUGAGCAAAUUAACCAUCCUCACAAUCAUCAUCGUAACCAUUUACAACAUUCACAAUCCCAACCGCAACAGAAUCUGAAUCUAUCCAAUUCAUAUCCAGUCAGUUCAUUCCAAAUGGGAUUAAAUAAUAAUCUUUACAUUCCAUAUCCACCAAAUCAUCAUUGUUCGUCUUCAUCAGCCUCACCAACAGCUCAUCAAGUAACAUCAUCAACCAAUGAUUGUCCAUCGAUGGCACCCUCUUGUCCAAAAAGUAAAUGUCCUUGUCUAGUCCCAUCACCAUCAGCGUCAACUUCAUUAACAGGUAACUUUAUUCAAAUAUCUAGUCAACCUGAUUCUUCAUUAUCACCCUCGACGUCUUCAUCAUCAACAAUAACAAAUAAUUUGUGUCCAGUGAAUGCUGUUAAUUGUACCAAUGAGUGUCCGCCACAAUGCGCUUUACCGGUUACAGUUAACUCAAACAGCUCCAGCUCCAAUAACACAAUAAUCAGCGCAAAUACUAAUAGUAACACUAGUCAUAAACCGUCUAAACCCCGUCGUAGGGUUGCCACAAUGGCUCAAAGACGAGCAGCAAAUAUCCGUGAAAGAAGACGAAUGUUUCAUUUGAAUACGGCUUUUGAUAGAUUAAGGAAAAAGGUUCCAACUUUUGCUUAUGAGAAACGAUUAUCACGAAUAGAAACUCUCAGGUUAGCCGUUAUGUACAUCACUUUUAUGACUGAAAUUUUAAAAGGUACAUCAGCUAAAGAUUGUUCACCAAGAAUCCCACUUCAUCCUUCAACCGGAUCAUUCCAAAACCACCAAAUAAUUGAUACAUCAUCUUCAUCAUCCACUUCAUCCUCCUCUUCGACUUCAUCAUCGCCAAUUUGGGAAUCCAAUCAUAUCCAUACUUAAUGUACAAUCUACAAAAUUACAAAUGUAAAUACAUUAAAGUCACUAAAAUUAACAAAUAAUAACAAACAUAAAAGGAGAUAUUACAUCUUACCAAAAAGAUAUUUUUCCAGAUCAAUCUUUUGUUUAACCAAAUAUCAAAGUUAACUUAAAUUCACAGUAAAUAGACACCAAAGUAAUGAUUAAAUUUAAUUAUAUUUUUAAAGCUAAUCAAAGCUAAAAAUCGAAACUUAAAUCUGAAUAAUAAUAAACUUCAAUUUGUAUUGUGAUUAAACAAACAAAAUUAUCUAGAGAUAAAUAAAGCCAAAUGAAUCGUCCAAUCAUUUCAUUCUUAAAACAUCCGCUUUUUUCAAAAUUUGUUCAACCAAGUGAUUGUCACACACAAUGAUUAGCUAAACAAUUAAUAUAACGAUCUAACAAUUAUGCUUAGCCUUAUUAAUGAUAAACUAAUUAAUUGCAAUUGUUCUGAAUAAUCUGAAGGUUGGUACUAGAAACAAAAUCUUCAAAAUAACAGCAAAAUAUUCAGCAAAGUGACUAAAGUUACUCUAUAAAGAAAUGUAUAUAUCAAUGAUGAUAUUAAGAUUCUGAGCCUAUACCUACUGGGAGUUAUGAUUCUUACCUAUAGUAUUAUCAUUCGAAAAGAUAAUAUCAAAAAUGAUAAAUAAAAAAGCAAAAUUUGAUUAAAUAACAUUGUGAGUUAUUCAGUAAUCAAGAUGAUUCUGAAGAUGGAAAGCAAAAAAUUGUCACUCAUUGAAAGCGUUAUAAUUUCAUGAAUUAACUACCAAUUGCGAUACAAUUUAAUCAAAAUAUUAUUAAUACUACUUGACCUUAGUAGUACAUUAGAUUUAACCACAUCGAGAAGUGUGUCUUAACACGCGGCGGAAAACGCGUGUGGAUGUAAUCUUUAUAUUAACUUGAUGUUCACUGGAUUGUUGUUAUUGCUUUUAAUAACAAUCACGGUUCCAUCCUUAAUUAUUAUCUUAUUUAUUUGCUUAUAAUAACAAUAUUAGCAUAUGAUUGUGUUUAAAUUGCAUUUAUAUUGAUAAAUUAUGAUAAAAAUUGAAAGUUAAAAUCAAUUUAAAAAUCGCGGACUAAAAAUGAAAAUGAAUCAUUCGUUUUUUCCCACUUAUUACUUCUUCGUCUGCUCGAUUUGUGUUUGAUUUUUUUUGCCAUUGAUUUUGAAUAAUGUUCAAUUUAUUUUGUUUGUGUUUACAUUGUUUAACAUUAUUACCAAUUAGUUGAUUGUUAUUAGCUGUUUGUAUCAAUCUAUAAAUCAAGAAAAGAGGAUUUCUUACAAUUUGUAAACAACAUUAGAGUUGAUCAACAUUAUAAUGUGGUGAUUACUUCUUGUUGCUUUUUUUCUCAAUGCUUCUUUGUGAUGUUUGCUUUUUUGAUAUUAUAAUUUCCAACUUACUAAAUCAUUUUUAUUAUAAAUGUUUAUCACAAAUAUUAUACUGGACAAUGAUACAUAUUUACUCAAAAGCAUACAGUUGCCUGUUAAUGUCCGUAACUUGGAUGGACCAUUCAGUGGAAAAAUUUGUUACAAUCGUAAUUAGUAUGACCCAUACUUUGAUUAAUACAUGGUCCAGAUUAAUUAUCUUGGAUAAAGUAUAAAUUUUCAACUAAUUAAUUGCCAUGAAAAAGGAAAAUUUUUUGAAGCUGGCAACAACACAAGAAAAUAAGGAACAAUUACUUAAUUGUUACCAAAAAGUUCGAAGAGGAAUAUAAUUUACUUUUAAUUGGCGAUCAAUUCCAAAAAUAAUUCACCCAAAGCAAAGUCUCGAGCAUUAAAUACAACUGGAGACAUGAAUCGAAGUCAAAAUCUCAACAUUCCCAUUUUAUAUAUGAUUGAUUCUCCUACCAAAAAGCCUUUCUGAUUGUCAGCUGAACAUUUGAACUCGUCCUAAUCUUGGCUCUUGUUUUCACCUGAUUCAAGAGAACAAUCAAUCGCAUUGACCAUCAAACCUGGAUGUAGUUAUGAUUAAUGUAUACAUAAGCCAAAAAUCUAAGGACAUUGAAGUUAGAGAGUAAAGUCAACUUGUCGAUUGAUUGGCCUCUUUCACGUUUACUUGGUUUAAUGCUUUUAUCCUCUUCAAGUGUUGAUCAUCAUAGGGCGAUGGAAGGACAAAAAAGUCAAAUUAUGGAUGAAAUAAAGAUCCUCAUCAUAAUAAUAAUGAGCCUAAUGUUAAUGUUAUAAUAGAAGUGUCAAUUUAAUAACCAAACUCUGAUCCAUUUUCAUUCCGUUUCUCAAUUACUUUUGACUUAGAGUUUCUUUUUCUUUCCCUUUUGUCAACCAUAAUCUGUUUAAGGGUAAAAAUCAUAAGCAAAGUUUACCCUCAUUUGUAUUACAUUUAAUCCUGUAAGGCACAAAAAAGGCAUCAUUUUAUUAUGAAAAAUUAUUGUUACCGUUUUUCAUUUCCACCUACAUAUUGAACAAUUAUCUUGAUUCUGAUACAGAUUCAUCAGAUUAAUUUUAUUCUUUCAUUUCAUCGACUCUGAUUUUCAAUUUCCUUUGACAUCUUAUUUUUUUGUAAAUGUUUUUUGGGUAUUUGUUAUGACAAUUGAAUAACUGUUCAAAUGUUGAUUGACAGUUAAAUGCACGGAAAGCAUAAAAUUAUGAAUCUUGAAUCAGUGCUUAGAAAAUAUUGACACAAGAGUAAACAAUUAUAAUUGUUGCUAUAAGUGUUCAUCUAUCCGGAUAAUUAUAUCAACACUGUUUCAUUUGGUUACAAUAAAAAGCCUUUUAUUUAACCUUUGAAA